AUGCAUGAUCGUCCGUCUGUGGUUGUCCCAUCCAUGUUCUCGACUUGUUGGACUUUGUUUUCCAAGGCGUUCCCAAGAGAAGAACAACCAACUCCUCCCUCCCCCCUGAACUUAUCUCUCGACAUUACAAUCGCAAUUUGCGACAUUCCGUUCUCUCUUGGACCGAAACUUUCUCUUGCAUCGCGAUCAAUUGCGCUUUGCUCAUUACAAGAGUAUCCAUUCUUUACCUUGAACGCGCAAUCGGCUUUCGUCAUUCUUCGUGAUCGAUAA